UAUACCAGGACUAGUGGAUCCAUUCAAUGACACUGAAGUACAAUGUGUUGCAUUUGGAUUUGGUAUUGGUGACUUCAGUCCUUCUCCAGUUACACUGAGGGUACAAGGUAGACCAGAACCUGUCAAUAAUCUAACUAUAGUACAGUCUAAUGAAUCUUGUUGUUAUCAAUUCUAUUGGAUACCUCCUUUCUCUCUACCUGGUUUUUCUAUACUGAGAUAUAAUAUUGAUAUCACAUCUACUGGUAGUAUCCUACUUCACUCUAACGUCAGUGUAUCGCAAUCGACAUACUGUCCUACGGAUUUUGGUAUCCACACUGUUAGUAUAGCUGCUGUCAAUAGUGUAGGAGAGGGGGAAGUAUUUAAUUACGACUUCAAUGUAACAAAUUCUGUACUUUUAAAUAAUGAACUCAUACAACAAUAUCGUGAUGGUUUACAAAAUUGGAUUAUAGCUAUCAAAAUUGAAUUAUCCUCACCCAGUUCAUCAUUUUGUAUCAGUCAAGUAUCACUACAAGAAACUAAUAGUACCAUCAGUUAUAAUACAACUAACAUAAAUGUCAUCACUAUGAGUCAACUAAUAGCUACAUUUAAUAUCUCAUCUUCAGUAAUAGAUGACAGAUAUUACAACUUUACUAUAAUACUAUCACACAGUAGUGAUUUGUACACUACCAACUCUUCCCAUGUAGUUAUUAUUAGAUCUAGCUUUUUUGAUAUCAAUAGCUUUACAGUUCUCUCUACUGACAGCACUAAUACUAGUUUUAUGUGUGAGUUUGUACAUGGGUCACAAGCAAUUGGAUGCUACAUUGUCAUGCAUGAAACAUCAAUUGGACUAUACUACAUAACUACUGUUUUAAGAGAACUCAGAAUAGGAUCAAUCCCAGGGACUGUUGAACCUGGUCAAUACAGUAUCAGUGUCUAUGAUAUCAAUAGUGAUGGAUCUGUUCAUUUAUAUUCACCUGCAGCUUCUACUUUAAUCAUUGUUACUGAGUCAUUGCCUACAGUUGAAUCUACUUUCAGUUCUAGUAUUCCUUUAUUCUCAAUAAACCAGUCAACAACAGUGAAUUUACAAUCUCCUACUGUUUCCAGUUGUUCAUCAACUUUAGUUACAAUAACUGGAGGUGUUACACUGGGAUUGUCACUUAUAGUUUGCUUUGCGUCUAUUUUUAUAAAUUUCUCUAUUGUAAUCUGGUGCAGAAAAAAAGGUAACACAAUGAGAAAUCAAGAAGAGAGGAAUCCUUCCCUUCCUGCCCAAUAUGAAAAUGUUGAGAUGAUAACUGGUACUAAUGCUAAUGUCAAUAACAUACCAACCAAUGAUUGCUCUGCAUAUGGAGUUGUGAUACAAAGACAUUGAAAACCUCUAACAAUAAUUGUGUGUACUAAUUUUAGUAAAUUUAGUGUAGAAUCUUUAAACUGCUAGACAAAUUAAUAACAUCAUUACUAAUAUAUGUAAUAAUGUCAUUAAUAAUUCUGGAAAAAGUUAUGUGGCACAAUAUACCAAUAACCAAUUAAUACAUAA